AUGCAGUCGCAACUACCACAGCAGACGGGCCAGCGCCCUUCUUAUUCCUCCUCCAUCAUGAAUCGCCUCCCCGUGUCAAGCCUCAUGUCACCUCCCGAGGCGAAGCCUCUGGACAGCUUCCACCCCUCCUCCCCCUUUGCUAAACCGGACACCUCCAUGGGGGAAUUGAUGAAGCUACCCCCCAUCUCAGCUGAUCGCAAGCGAACACAGUCCGAGAUGGAUCUGCCCUCGCCACCAGUGACUCCUUACACCGGCGCCAAGAAGCGACGAUCCGAGACGGCCGAGCAGAUUGAGCGCGAUGUCGAGGUGAAUGCAUCGCGAGACCCCCUCCUCUUCCCUCGCCACGACUCCGUGGGCCGCGAGGAGCCUCUCUUUGGGCCUAUCCCCCUCCAGCCGCGGAGGCCCUGGUAG